AUACUCUUAAUUUUAAUUGACGAUUUAUUAGCAAAAUUUGGGGUAUUGAAGGCGCGCGGCUGUGGUAGCGCCACGGGUGCCGCAAAAUUCGGAACCACCGUGUCUCCGCCGGCGUCCGCUUUAUUGUCCACACAGAUCAGAAGCUAACAACAACGCUCCGCUCUGUUACUCUCUCCACCGACGGAAACGAGAGAGAAACACAAGAAGAGGACAGGACAGGACGCAUAGUACGACAAAGCGAUGGAUCAUUACAAGGUAUUAGGGGUGAGCCGUCAGGCGAGCAAGGAAGCGAUCAAGCAAGCGUUCCGGAAAUUGGCGGUGGAAUUCCACCCGGACAAGCACGUCAACUCCCCGCCGCACGUGAGAGAACGCGCCACCUCCAAUUUCAAGCAGCUCUCCGACGCCUACGACACCCUAAUGGACGACCGCAAGCGCGCCGAUUACAACAUCCGCUCCUCUACCUCUUCUUCCUACGGAAAUAAUAAUUAUAGUCGCAGUUCUGGCAGUUAUUAUCAAUAUCAGAGUAGUAGUUAUGGAAAUUCCCGCGGGAAUGGCAGUAAUUAUGGUUAUACCUACAGCCGCCAUGCUUCGGACGGCAUGGUUACCAAAAUGGAGAUGCUUCUCCGCUUCAUGACCACUCGGACUUUUCUUCUCAACGUUGCCUUAGCUGGUUUUUUGUUAGGUGCCUCGGUUGCAAUUGAUGCUGGAGGGGAGGCUCUGUGGAAGGUGCAGAACUCUGGAAAAUCAUUUGAAGAAGCUAUGGAGUCUAUAGAAAAGGCCAAAGGGUUUGACGAUAAACAAUGAAGGUUUCUUCCCUUGUUUGUAUGCUUGUCUCAUUGCAUUGGAUAUUGCACGGAGAGCUACAUCAAAGGCUCUGGAAUUGUACUGACAGGAACUGGAACCAAAAAGCACGUAAAAGAUGGCUGGUGGUGUUAUUGCUUGUUCCAUUUGUCAGGGUGCAACACAGGAGAGAGUUCGCUUGUGUACAGGAACCUAAAAAAUGAGCUCAUGUUGAUUGGGCCAUUUGGGCGCACGGAUGUGUACAAACUUAAAGAUAAGGCAAGUUCAUGUAUUUUUAUAGAAAAAUGUUAUUUUUCCAUAUUAAAACCAGUUGGAUAAUAUAUAUUACUUGUCACAAAUGUUAUGUA